AUGCAGAAAAACGCAGCAAGUAUGCAAGUUUUCUUUUAUACUUUUCCAUUAUAACUUUUCUGUUAUGUCUCUUUGUAAUCUGCAUUCAGAGCGUAGAGCCGUGCUCCUGUUAUUUGCCAAGCCAUGCUUCAAUUCAAGCCUGUACCACAGAGAGCCACCAGUACUUUUAGACUUGGAUUUAUUUAAGGGUCUAAUUGACUUAUGGGGGUAAGAUGUUUUGGGUUUGCUCCAGGCGAUUGUGUUUCACUGCAGCUCUGUAACAGGCUGUAAUGGAUGCAAUGUAUUCAUAACAGCAGAAAUGCAACUAACAAGAUCAGGGUUUUACUCUAAUUUUUCAAAAACAUUACAGAGGUGACCCCUACAGAGAAAGACCAAACUCUUGGACGUAAACAGCAGUCUUAACUUUCAUGACACAAGAGUCGCUACUGCUGCACUGAUCAGUGAGAUUUCAUAAAUAAGUGUGUGACUUGUUGUUUAAAUAGUCCUGACCCACCUUAAUAGCUGUAUCAAUACUAACAAGAGAAAAAAGGAAUAAAUGAGGCAUCAGUAGACCAGCAACUCAGGUGUUUUGUGCAGUAAAAUUGAGCUUUUGUCAAUAGAGUUUGGUAGCUUGAGGGGUGUGAGGUGUGACCAGGGGCGUGCACAGAAGGACAGCUAGUGGUGGCAUUGGCCCCCCUUUAAAAUAACCACCCACUCCAAAAUCCUAAACUAUAAUUCGCUAUUUGGCUUGUCAGAAGUUGUACUUGUUCUAAGAUCAGCUGUAAAAACUCUGUUGGAAUUUUAACAUUUGAAUGUCAUGCAUUUUCUUUUAUUGGUACAACACUUCACACAUCUAUCUCACAUGGCAUAUGAGUAGGGGAAGGAUCAGACCAUCAAAAAUUACAUCACAUUGGUACUGUUAAUGGUUUUUAAAGUUGGAAGUUCAUCUACAGGAGUUGCAAAUUUCUCCAGCAAUAUAAAUUUUGGUUCAUAGAACAUACGUUUUUCGGCAUCUAAAAAGUGGGCUGCAUCAAAUACACCAGUGUAAUCAAUUUACUCAAAACAGGAAGAGGUACUUAGUUAUGUCAUGCUAUUUCUCUGUGAGGUGGGACUCUUAGAAGAAAGCAACCACUUAACUGUGACAAAUGUGUUCGACACAUAGUGGAGUGGGCCAGUCUACUAUUGCCCCUCUUAAACACUUUCCUACUUCAUUAGAUAGUAAUUAUGUAAUUAAGGGAAAUGGUAGUACACUUUUAAGUAAAUAAACCUUGAAGGAGGAGUGCUGGUUUCACUGUUAAGAGUGACAACUGGUGAUCAGCAGAAGGAGAACCAAAAAGCUACACAUAAGCAUAAAAACUGCACAUUGCUGAACAUGGUGGAUGUCUUAGGCAGGAACCCAGGUUAAACCUUACUCUCUUUGAGGGUCUCCCCAAAAACAGACUGUGUCUUAGGCAUGGGUGCAUCUUAUCUUUCAUUAUUAUUUUAAACUAACAUUUUCAGCCCUUUGAACAUCUGUGUGAUACUUUAAUCAUAGUUUUUUGUUUGUUGUCUGUUUGUUUGUUUGUUUGUUUGUUUGUUUCAAAUAGAUAUGAUUAAUGAAGACAGGAAGGGCAAAUUUAUUCUUAUCCAGGUUUGGGUCAGUGUGCAGACAUACUUAAUGCCGUCCCUGCAUAAUUUAGCACCCUAUCUGGUCCACCCUAGUAAAAAUAAGUCUGGACACACCACUGGGCAUGACAGCUACUUCUACUCUUCCCAACCUUACCAAACUUAAAGGUGCACUUUGCAUUGAACAGGGUUGGUAUAAAUAGAAGAAAAUAUUCAGAGAUAUGUUUAAAUUAGUGUUCAGUUUAAUUGCCAGGAAACCAACAAAAACUUGUUUUUGUUUACUUAAAGUGAGCCUUUUAUGUCUGCAUAUAGGAGCAGGUCCCCUUAAACGAAGGCCCCCAUGGACAAACUAUAUGUGUUUUUGAACUUAGUAAGGAGCAGUGCCACAAUGCACUAUAUGGAGGACAAAAAAGAGAGGUUGUUUAUUAAUAGAUCAUUUUAAUGGUGAAAACUUGCCAACUGGAGGAUCAUACUUAUCAUGCAUCACAGGAGCUUCUUGUCCUCAAAGGCCGCCAUCCCUCCACCAAAAGGAGGGCUGAGCAAGGGGGUGUUUGAAUUAAGAAUCUGGCAGCAAAAUAUCAUUAAAUAUACCCAUUUCUACACCCCGUACCUUUAACUCUGCAGGUUACACUCUUUUUUUCUGUUUUUAUUUGAAGUUGUUUGUAAUGUGCAGUUUCUUUUUCAUGAGACGUUAACAGAGUUUGGAGACGGCACCCUGUUUGAAUAUGUUAUGGAGACACAUGUAAAUAAUCAAAGUAUUGAAUCAUCAAAGUUUAUUUUGUUGCUCAUGCUGAAAAUGAGUUAAGGACCGGUCUUUGUAGGGAUAGCAACCUGAGCCCGUCGAUGGCAAAAAUCAAAUACUCUCGGUGGUCUCUUAUCGACCAGGCCAAAUUGCCCCCAGCAUUAAACUGCAGUCAUUUGAGCCUGUUUUUGUGGCUGCCAGCUUGGAGGAGAAAUUCCAAAACUUUUUAAGCCUUAAAGUCACUUGGAUCCUGAAACAUUUGACAAAUGGACCCAGGUUUAAAGCCCAUCUCCCCUUUUCAGGUUUGGCGUCGCUCAGCGCUAGAAUGAAUCAGUCAUUAGUGUCUAUUCAUCAUGUUCUUUCCAGCACUGCUCUCCGCUCUCACCGCCAAGCUUAAAUAAAGAUACUCCAGGACUUGGAGAAGACACAAUGGAAUUCCCCCUAUUCUCAGAUUGCAGUCACUUUGAUGUAUCUCAGGAAAAAGCAGAGAGAGAAUCAAAGGGGUUAUUGGAAGUUUGAAAUGCAAAAGGAGGGGAACUAAGAGGCCUGCUGUUGUUACAUCAAAGACAUGUGGCUUCAAGUGUCCAGGAUUUCUUAUGGGACAGGGGUAGAAAUGGAAACCAAGCGGAGAAUGUUUGAGCAAAAAACAACCAAGCUUCUUUAAAAAGCUCUUGGGCAAUACUGUAGUAAGCGAUUCUCCAAACACCUUCCUCACGCUUCUCCUUAUCAACAUCUACUAACUAUAAGCCAAACCUGACUCUGCAGCACGUCCCUGCUCCUUAAAUACUUCUGCUCUCCGAAAGCAUGAAACUUUUUGUAAAGAUUAAAUCAGAUUUCUCUCCACACAACCCUCCCUGAGUAUCUACCGAGCUCUCAUAUCCUGCACAACCAUGGGCAGUUGGAAUCUGCAUGCUCUAUGUCUUCUAGCCAAUAUUCUAAGAUUGAUUUUCCCUCUUCCACCGAGAAAACAAAAUGAAUCACGCGCAAUUACCAAGGACAGAGAGAAAAGGGGAAUUGGGGGCGUCAUAAAUAUUUAUUUGCAAGCCCUGGGAAUUUGUGCAAUUCUUGGUGGAAUUGCCAAGUCAUAUUUAAGUGUCUAAAUGAUUUAUAUGGGUGGUCCUGGGUGUCACAUUUGUCCACUGUCACCCUGGAUCAUUUAUGUAUUAACAUUUAUAGAUUUAUCCAUAUAACAUAUUCAUGGCAGGGUUCUAUUAUCAUUCAAAUGGGUUUUGUGAUCAAAUGAUUGGCUAAAUUAAGCCAUUAACCGCUGAAUUUCUCUGGAGGUGAAAUGUAUUCCAUGUGGAAAAGAAUAAAUUAAAAGCCUACAUGUGUGGGCCUGUUUCUUUACAGAGUCCUUCACAGAAAUGUUCUUGAACGGCUGUGAAAAAGCACUUAAAAAACAAUUAUCUCUUCAUAAAAAGCUCCUCAUUACCUAGGUCUUCUUUAAAAAUCUACAGUGCAACAAAAAGUGUUCUCCUUCUGUUUAUUUCCCAUUACCAACAGAUCUUUAAGCCUGUUUGCUUUUUGAAGCCUUAACCAAUGACCAUUGAGCUUGAUGGGACACUCACCGCUGUUUCACUCUGAAGCCCCCUAAUGAUGUUUCUCAUUAGUUCCAUCAUUUAUUGGAUAGAGUUAAUUACACAAGUGGCAAAAUGUGUCCCCCCCAAAAAAAAGAAAACGUCUGUUGCAUUUUUUUUUAAAUCCAAUAUUGCAGCAGCGUAGAGUGACAAGACUUUAAUUUGGGGCACUCAUUUAAUUCCUAAUUAGCUCACAUGCUGUAUGUAAAAUGUUCUGCAGGAGCUGACACGGAUGAAAAUUGAAAAUACAGGGAGGGGGUGCUGGACUUAAUGUUACUGUGGUUGUGCUUUUUCCCAUUUCCUUGCCCGGCACUGCGAGGGGGAAAAAAUUAAACCCACAACUGAUUAAAAUAGGCUUAUGUCGUGUUUUUGGCUUUGUGAAAGUGUCUUUUACAAUUAAAAAUGACAAAAUGGGAAGUGUGUUUUGGAUUCAGCUGUUAAGUGACAACACAGGUGCUCCCACGGCUUAGACGCAAUUAACUUUUACAAAAUCCAAUCUUCUUUGCUUUUGUAAUGGUGGCCAAAUUAUAUCCUUUAGAAGAAAAUUUCCUGCUGCAUUUGAAAUCAUAAUGAAGUGGUUCCAUGUAGCACAUAUGCCUUUUUCAAGUGGCUUUCUUCACCCUGCUGCGAUAGCCUUGAUCAUACAUCACUUAUGACUCUUCAACAAGAAGGAUACUGAAAGCUCAGGGCACUGCUUUUGUAGAAAGCUGUUAUACAAGCAAUGAAGAAAACAUCCAACACAAUCAAAUACAGACAGCAGGCAACAUAAAUAAGCAGGUAUAUAGUCACAUACAGACAACACAACAAAUACAGGAAACACUAAACACAAUCGAAGUGCAGAAAACACACUAAAUUAUUGAGGUAUCACCAUGAUAUACAAUAAUGCACCUAAAUAGAGACAGGCGAUGAUUUCGAUAUGAGCUAAACUCCUGAGCCCACAACCAAGUGCUGAAUACAAACAAAUACUGUCAAUGCGCUCCAAUGCAGACAACACAACCAAAUUAAAACAUACCUAAAUAAAGAGAAUAAUUAACACAACCGAAUAUAGAAAAUACAAAAAUAUGCUGUCCAAAUCAACAGAACCAAAUAAAGACAAGACAUUCUACUGCUGCCAGCUAAACCCAAUCCAGACAACAGGACAAAGGCUUUUUUAUAUAUAUUUGCUGGUGUUGCAUAAAAGGUUGUAUUUUCAGUAUUUGAUUGUACAUUUGUCCCUCCGGCAUUUAGUUGUAUGUCUGUGUAUAGUUAGCAUUUUUUUUUGAUUAUUUUUUUAAUGUUGGGUCAUAUUUCAUUAGUUUGGUUAAAUUGUCAGAUUAAUUUGUCUGGAUCAGGUUGUUUUGACUAUAUUUGGUCAGCUUUUCUGUACUUGGUUGAUUCUCAAUACUUGGUUUAAAUGCCAGAGAGAGGAGUUUAUUCGUCUGUAUUUAGUUAAGUUGACAGAUAUUUGUUAAUUUGUCUUGAUAGAGUUGAUUUGUCUGAAUUUAGUGAAAAUUCGAGAAAUUGUUGGUCUUUCUUUGCUUGAUAGGUCUGUAUUUAGUUGUGUUGUCUGUAUUUGUCAUUGAUUUAAGAUGUUGUCAGCAUUUGGUUUUGUCUGUAUCUGGUGUUGUUUCUUUAUUCAGUUAAGUUUUAUGUUUUGAGUAAUGUAGUCUCUAUUUGGUUUAUUUCUAGAUAUUUGUGGAGUUACCUGCAUUUAGUUUAAUUGUUCUCUAUUUUGUCUGUAUUGGUUACUUUAUAUUUUGUCAGAGAACUAGUCUUUGACGGUUAUUACAGGAAAUUGGGCACAAUUUUUUUUAUUUUGUUUUUAGUAUAUAGUUGUUAUGUCUGCAUAUGUAUAUGGUUUUUGGGUGAGCUGUUUGCAACAACCAAACCAAAUAAUCAGAGAUUUUCCAGCUAAAACUAACAUUGUCUUAUGAACUGUUUUUUCUGGGCUGCUAUAGUUCACAUACAUCAAAACACACGCCAAGCUGAGUAUCUCAUUAGUAGCUCAAAGCCCCUUUAUUUGAGGUCAGAUUAGAAGUUGCGUGAUAAGUACAAUUGUACUUAAAGGUCUCUACUUUUGAAUUAAAUGAACUCAUGUAUUUAUCAAACCAGUACACGUGUGAAAUAACAGUUGUUACUAUAUAUGUGAAGGUGCAUGUCUCAAAGGGUCAUGAAACAAUAGUGUUUAUUGAUUUUGACCUUCUGCUUGUUCUUUUUUUCAUUCCUCUGCAGGUUCAUUGACAUCAGUGCUACAAAAGGAACUGAGGCCAAUCACUACAACAGAACAUUGUGUCCAUACAACAACAACAACAACAACCACCAUGACUACGAGGCUCCCUAAAUUUACAGCAGGCCUGACCUUCAGUAAAAUAAAAAAUAAAAAACAACCCCAGAGCUUCUCCAAUCACUACAGUAAAAGACUCUCCGCAGACACUUCUAAGAACUCUGAGAAGUCUCAAGUGAGCAGCAUGGUUCACCAUCGGCAUCGAAUCUUCUUCACCACAGCCAAAUUCACAGACACAUCAUAG